GAAAAGCGGGCCGGCCGGCUUCGCGCGUCUCUUUGUGGCCUAGGCCUCGCACGGGGAGGACGACGACGACGCCUCCUCCGCCAUCAUCAUCAUCAUCAUCAUGCCGCCCAAGGGGCCCCUCCAGUCCGUCCAGGUGUUCGGCAGAAAGAAAACCGCCACGGCCGUGGCCCACUGCAAGAGAGGCAAUGGUCUGAUCAAGGUGAACGGGAGGCCUCUGGAGAUGAUCGAGCCCCGGACCCUGCAGUACAAGCUCCUGGAGCCCGUGCUCCUGCUGGGCAAGGAACGCUUCGCCGGAGUCGACAUCAGAGUCCGUGUGAAAGGGGGUGGCCACGUGGCACAGAUCUAUGCUAUCCGCCAGUCAAUCUCCAAAGCCCUGGUGGCCUACUAUCAGAAAUAUGUGGACGAGGCGUCCAAGAAGGAGAUCAAGGACAUCCUGAUCCAGUAUGACCGGACCCUGCUGGUGGCCGACCCACGCCGCUGCGAGUCCAAGAAGUUCGGUGGCCCCGGAGCCCGCGCCCGCUACCAGAAGUCCUACCGUUAACGCGUGUGCUCACCAUUUUUGCAAUAAAUCUGGAGAACCUGUG